AGUCCGCUGACGAAGGUGAAGCUCAUCAAUGAGCUGAAUGAGCGUGAAGCCGACCUCGGAGUGAAGGAAACUGUCUCCUGGCACUCUGAGUACAAAGACAGCGCCUGGGUGUUUAUCGGAGGAUUUCCUUAUGAGCUGACUGAAGGUGAUCUCAUCUGCGUCUUCUCUCAAUACGGAGAGAUCGUCAACAUCAACUUGGUGCGAGACAAGAAGACGGGGAAGUCCAAAGGUUUCUGCUUCGUCUGCUAUGAGGACCAGAGGAGCACCAUCCUGGCUGUGGACAACUUAAACGGCAUCAAGAUUAAAGGUCGGACAAUCCGUGUCGAUCACGUUAAAGACUAUCGUCCUCCUAAAGACUCAGAGGACAUCGAUGACAUCACCAAGAGUCUGAGGGAACAAGGCUGCGCUCCCAAAGUGGCCGAGUCCUCCUCCUCUUCCUCUGAGGAAGAGGAGCAGUACGCCGUCCCUGUGAAGAAGCCCAAAAAAGAUAAGAAAGAAAAGAAGAAGAAGAAGAAAGAGAAGAAGGAGAAGAAGAAGGCAGACAAGGAGAAAGAGAGAGGAGGUCGGGCGAUGCACUCCUCCUCCUCUUCCUCACCUCCUCCUCCUCUUCGUCAUCCUCCUCUUCCUCCUGCUGCUGCUGCUGUCAGAGUCAAAGAGGAGAAAGAAGACGCAGCUUACGACAAGUACAACCAGAGGGGGGCGCCGAACGGAGCGAGAGGGAGAGAGAACGAGAGAAGAGGAGAGGAAGAUGAGAGGAGGGACAGAGGGAGGGAGAACGAGAGAUUCAAAGAGGAAGAUGAGAGGAGGGACAGAGGGAGAGAGAACGAGAGAUUCAAAGAGGAGGAUGAGAGGAGGGACAGAGGGAGGGAGAACGAGAGAUUCAAAGAGGAGGAUGAGAGAAGGAGGGAUGAAGAGAGGAGAGACAGAGGGAGGGAGAACGAGAGGAGGAGAGAGACGGACAGAGACUACGACAGAAAAAGAGAGUUCGACAGAGACGGAGACAGAAGAAGAGAGACGGACAGGGACAGAAGAAAAGAGACGGAUUGGGACAGAGACAGAGAGAACGAUAGAAGGAGAGAGACGGAGAGAGAGAGAGAUGGAGAUAGUAGAAGGAGAAGAGAGUUUGACCGAGAGAGAGAGAGCAGCAGAAGAAAAGAGACGGAUAGAGACAGAGAGAGCGAUAGAAGAAGAGAGAUGGAUAGAGAGAGAGACAGUGACAGGAGAAGAGACAGAUAGAGAGAAUGAUAGAAGAAGAGAGAGAGAC